AUGCGUCUCAUCAAGCAACAAGUCGAGCGCGAUGGCAGCGGUACUGUCACUCUCUACCCUGAGGAGCCCGAAGACAUGUGGCACGCCUUCAACCUCAUCCGUGUCGGUGAUACCCUCCGUGCCUCUGCCGUCCGUCGCAUAGUCUCCGAGUCAUCCACUGGUUCUACGUCUUCCACACGAGUACAUAUGAACCUUACGAUCACGGUCGACAAAGUUGAUUUUGACAGUCAAGCUGGACAACUUCAUAUUAAUGGACGGAUUAGCGAGGAGAAUAAGUAUGUUAAGAUUGGGGCCCACCAUACUUUGGAUUUGGAACUUAAUCGGAAUUUCACGGUUGGGAAGGCUGAGUGGGAUUCUGUGAGCUUGGGGGUUGUGAGGGAAGCUUGUGAUCCUGCUGAAAAGGCAGAGAUAGGAGCUGUGGUCCUACAUGAAGGUCUAGCCAAUGUCUGCUUGAUCACAGAGCAUAUGACCGUCUUGCGCCAAAGAAUCGACGUCUCCAUCCCUCGAAAGCGCACAGGCUCCGUCACAGCCUUCGAGAAAUCAAUGGAAAAAUUCUACGACACAAUCUACCAAUCCAUUCUCCGACACCUCCCCAUCUCGAAUCUGAAAGUAGUCCUUCUAGCAUCGCCGGGGUUCUUAGCAGAGUCCUUACAGAAGUACAUCUUUGCGGAGGCCGUCAAGACGGAUAAUAAGACGGUUAUGGGUGCCAAACCAAAAUUCGUUACAGUACAUUGCUCAACAGGGCACGUGCAUGCCUUGAAUGAGGUUUUGAAAAGCCCUGCAGUUAUUGCAAGACUAGCAGAUACAAAAUAUGCUAAAGAGACGAAGGCUAUGGAGUCAUUCUUUAAGAUGAUGCAGACAGAUGAAGAUAGAGCUUGGUAUGGACCGAAAGAAGUCGAAAGGGCAAUAGAAAAGGGCGCAGUUUCAACAUUGCUAGUAAGCAACAGCUUGUUUAGAAGCAACAACAUGCAGGAAAGAAGGAGGUACGUCAGGAUGGUAGAAGAUGUAAAGGCUAGCGGUGCAGGAGAAGUUAUGAUCUUGAGUAGUAUUCACGAAAGUGGUGUUAGACUUGACGGAUUGGGUGGAGUUGCUGCGAUAUUAUUAUUUCCUCUACAAGAUCUAGACGAGAGCGAUGAAGAACAAGAUGAAACAGAGGAAGGAAAUGAGGAUAAUGAGAAUUUAUAA